AUGAACUAGAAUGAUAAAAGUAAAGGAUCUGAAAAAUAAGAAAUAAAUAGUAUGUAAAGCUUGGAGGAACCUUAAACAAUAGUUUGUAGAGGCUAAUUUAAAAAAGAAAUAUAUAUAUUGGUGGAUAAAUCAUUUGGUGAUAAGAUGACAUAUUUGAAUGUUUUAAGAUACAAGAGCGCCUUAGCAAAAAAGAUUUUAAGAACAUGA